AUGGUGUUAAUAAUAUCACUUUUAAUAUUAAACACUUUUAGUAUUGCUUCACCAAGUUCAUAUUGUAACAAAGUGACCGAUGGUGUAUGUACAGAGUGUAUAAAUAACUACUUUUUAGACGAUUCUCAUUUAUGCAUAUCAAGACUUGAUUUCCAUUGUGGGGUGUCUUCAACAUACAGUCAAUGUGAAAAAUGUAGUCCAGGUUAUAAAUUUGAUUUUUCAAAUUACACUUGUGUUAUUGGAGACGAGUUGUGUGCUUCAAUAGAAUUUUAUAAUAAAGUUGCCACAUGUACAGAGUGUCCCAAAGGUUAUACAAUUGUGAAUGAGACCGAGUGUUAUGAUUGUUCUUUCUUUGGAAACUCUCUUUGUAAAAGUGCUACAAAAGACUGUUCUGUAUGUACCGAGUGUGUUAGUGGGUCUUACAUUUUAGAUGGUAAGUGUAUUAAAAUUUCCAACUGCGAAGUCGCCAAAGAAGAUGGAACGUGUGAAUAUUGUAUAACUGGAUAUUACCUUGACAAAGAAAGUGGUACUUGUAAACUUGGUAAGAUCCCACUUUGUAUAGAAUAUGAGUCCCAAUUUGAGUGUUCAGAAUGUAGUGAUAAUUCAUUCAACAACAUCACCGAAUGUAUUAAAAUCGACAACUGCCACGAGUCAGACGAAGAUGACGGAGGAAUUUGCACGAAGUGUAAUAAUGGGUAUGGGAUGGAUGGUAUAUUAAAGUGUUCGAAAUGUACUGUUGAGAAUUGUAAAAACUGUGACAUGAAUACGUCUAUAUGUCAAAGGUGUAAUGAUGGCUUAGCCAAAUUAGCAGAAGACAAAUGUGGAGAUUGUAGCCAAGUUCAUGGGUGUAAAGAGUGUUCUCCCAAAAAUGUCAAUCGUUGUUAUGAAUGUCUAGAAGGCUAUAAAUUAGAAGAUGGUAUAUGUUAUCAGUGUGGAACUGGGUGUGAAAAUUGUUUGAUUGAUUCUCCUGAAACGUGUCAAAUAUGUAUAGAUGGUUAUGUACUUAUUGAAGGAAAGUGUGUUAAAUGUGAUACUUUAUGCAAAACGUGUUCAUCAAACGAUGUGACGUCGUGUACAAGUUGUAUAGUGGGGUAUUAUCUCAACGAUAAAACGUGUGAAAAAUGUGAAGGAAUAUGUGAGACUUGUAAUGUUUCAAAUGUAACAGAAUGUCUUUCGUGUCCACAAGGCUAUUACCUUCAAGACGGUGAAUGUGAAAAUUGCAAUGUAAUGACUUGUACUGAUUUAAUAAAGGAUCGGUGUAAUCGUUGCUCUGAAAAGUGUACAUAUGUGAGUGGCACAACUAUGAAGUGUAAAGAAAACGAUUUCUGUGAUUACCGUGAUGAUACUCGUGACGUGUGUGUUAGGUGUUAUGAUGGUUAUUAUCUCGAUGAAAAUUACGUGUGCAAUAAAUGUGAAGCUUCUUGUCAAUAUGGAUGUCUUGGAGGAUAUCCAUAUUGA